AUGAGAAUGGCCGGACGCGAGGCGCUGUUGGCGCUGCUGCUUCUGACACAGCUGCACCCGGGGAGCAGCCAGUGGAACCCGGAGGAGGAGGCAGCGGCCAGGGUCCAGGACCCGAGUCUGCGCUGGAGCCCCGGGACGCGGAACCAGGGCGGCGGAGCCCGCGCGCUCCUUUUGCUGUUGGCGGAGCGCUUCCCCCGCCGCGCAGGGCCGGGCGGAUGGGGAUCUGGGACCUCAGGCGAACGGCCGCGACGGGAUGACCCUCCACUGUCCAUUGACCUCACCUUCCACCUGCUGCGGACCCUGCUGGAGCUGGCGCGGACGCAGAGCCAGCGGGAGCGCGCAGAGCAGAACCGCAUCAUAUUCGAGUCGGUGGGCAAGUGA